UCUUUCACAAAAAAGCAUACAAUUAGAAACAAAGUGUUUUUAUUCUGUCUCUUGUCCAUCUCAGCCAACAUGAGGAUAUUCGAUUUUUGUAAUGAUGGUGUUUGUUGAGUAUUUCUAAUAAUUAGGGAAAGGAAUAAUUGGCAACAAGACACUUCUGGCAUGAAGCCAUAGAGGAAUGAAUAUGACGUGUGGAAUUAACUCUGAGGUUUGGUUUUCAGUUGAGAAAAUGAGACAGAAGGAAAUGUUAACCAAGACCUUCCAAGGCCCAGCUGCUGUCUGUAGAACUCCGAGAAGCCAUGUUUACAUGUUCCACAAUGGCAGUGGGGAUUCGGAGGAGUCCUCUGAAGAAGAGUCACAUUGCGUGGUUUUACGGCCCCGGGGCAAGGAGCGGCAGAAGAACAGUGGCCACCAUCCUCACCAGCCCGAAGUGGUGCUGCUGCAGCGUGAGCUGGCCCAGGAGGACAACCUCAACAAGCUGGCUCUUCAGUAUGGCUGCAAAGUCGCAGAUAUCAAGAAAGCCAACAAUUUCAUCAGAGAACAAGACUUGUAUGCCUUGAAAUCUAUUAAGAUUCCAGUGAAAAACCAUGGAGUCCUAACAGAGAGCCACAAAGAACUGAAACCCCUCCCAGGCCCAUCCUCAGACACCAGAGUGACCUUCGUGGAACUGCCAGAUGUAGACAUAGCAGCUGCUGGUGUAGACUCGGACACACAGGACAGCCAGCUGACAGAUUUCUUCAAGGGGAUUGACCAGAACAUUGAGCGUGCAGUGCAGUCGGAGAUCUUCCUAAGUGAGAGCUGCUGCGUGGAGACCCCGGAUGAGCCGCUACUUCCAGCACCUCCCAAGACGCCAGUAGACGGGGCAGACUGCGGGCUGCAAUGGUGGAAUGCUGUCUUCAUCAUGCUUCUGAUUGGGAUUGUGUUGCCAGUGUUUUAUUUGGUCUACUUUAAGAUCCAAGCUACAGGGGAAACCCCUGAUACCUUCAACACAACUGGUGUCCCCAGUGGCUCCAUAGCAUUGAGUGUGGGUCCAGGGCAAGCCCCCAGGGUGGCGAUUCCAGUGCCCCUAACCUCUUCAGACAGCCAGCUCAGCCAGACCACGCAGGCUGGGAACUAAGCUCUUCUUUUUGGAGAACCAGCCCUGCUUUAGCAGUUGUGUGCAUCCGUUGUCAUUGGUUAUAUGCUG